UUUUUAUGACAAAAAGACGGACACAUAUAAAAGCACCUAAAAUUUUUUACUUGUGAGUCUGCUGCCGCUGUCCACCAAAAUGGAUCUUACCAUCGGCUUUAAAUUUUUGUUGCUGCUGCUGAGUCUGAUCGUUCUCACCCACGCGGCCCCUAGAUACGGGGGAGGAGGAGUUGGUGGCGGCUACGGUGGUGGUUUUGGUGGAGGCGGUGGCCGAGGAGGAGGCUUUGGAGGUGGUAGAGGCGGUGGUUAUGGCGGCGGAAGGGGAGGAGGCUUCGGAGGUGGCAGAGGCGGAGGCGGUGGAUUUGGAGGAGGAUUUGGUGGUGGGUCUGGUGGCGGCGGCGGAUUCGGUGGUGGAUACGGAGGAGGAUACGGAAGAUAAAAGCAAAAGUGUGUGAAAUGUGACGUAAUGUGUGUCCACCAGUAACUUGUUCGUUGUAUUUUUUUUUGUAAAUAUGUAUUUAAUAAGCAGAGAAAGUAUUUGCAUGUGUUUAAUGUUCUUAAAUAAGAUUGGACAAUAAAUAUUAAAAUAAAUAAAUACGUAUAUCAAA